CGUUGCCCUUGGCACAAUAAAUGGAUCCAGAAAAGAAAGAAUGUGGCAGAGGCCUGAAGCUGCUGACCCAGACCUCUUCUUCUCUUUCUCUGCCCUCUCUCUCUGAUACCUGCCCGAGUCUUCUCCACUUCCUCCUACAUUCUUCUUCUACAUAGACAUGAACAUGAUAAGCCAAACCAUUACCUAGCAUAACUAUAGGUAUUAGAUAGCUAUCAUGGACAUGGCAACAACUGUACACAUAGACACACACACGGUUAUCUGACCAAAUUAUCAGGGGUACAGUAGUAUCUACCAUUUCUAUUACUAUUUAUAUAGCAUACACACUCACUCUUUAAAACAUUAUUAUUUGGUAAUGUUAUCAGGGGUAGUAACUAGCAUAAUUUAGUUGACUAUUUCUUUCACUCACACCUCAUUGGCUAGGUUAGCAAGGUAGCUAACGCUAACUAGCCACAUCUAGCACAAGCUCACUACUAAACUGACCUGGCAAUCCUACUAUCGUUGACACUUGUCUCCAAGCAGUAUUUUUUGUGUUUAUGUCCCUGUAGCUGUCAGCAGUUGUGUCAAAAGGACACGGUUUUGAGGAUACUGCGAAAACUAUAGUUUGUUAACAAGACAUUUGUGGUUGAAAAACAAGUUUUAAUGACUCCAACCUAAGUGUAUGUAAACUUACGACUUCAACUGUAUGUAUAUACAGUACCAGUCUGUUAUACGCAAUAUACUUAUGUCCACAUUCAUCAAUGUGUGCCAUGCUGAUUGCAGCCUUGGCAUGCCAAUGUCACACCUCUUAUUUAUCUGUCAUUCAGAAUGGGGAAGAAACUGUACACCACUUUUAUGUGACCUAGUUCCUCUAAGUUCUACCCCUUGACUUGUUAUCCGAAUACAGGAAGACAAGCUCGUCUCGCACAGGCAUCAGGUUUCGUUACGGUUGUUCAUACUUUCUGACACACAACACAAGACUGGGAUUUACAUUUUUAGAAGAAACAGAUAGAAAUUGGAAAUGCCAAUAACGGACUGUUAGAAGGGAAAGUUAUUAAAAAGGCAAGUAAAUCAUUCUGUAGUCCUGUAUCUGCAGAUCGAUGAUGGAAACACCCAUUCCUGUUCCUGAGCUGCUGUUAGCCAUUUUAGAAGAGCUAAUCACUGAAGAACUGAAGACAUUUCAGUGGUACCUGACUCAGGUUGUGCUCAGCGAUUUUCCUCCCUUCCCUAAGAGCAAGCUGGAGAACACGGACAGGCUAACCACUGUUGAUAAGAUGAUCAAGACCUCAAGCUAUGAGGGAGCUGUGAAGGUGUCACUAGAGAUCCUGAGGAAGAUGAAACACAACAAUCUAGCUGAGAAACUACAGAGAGACAGCCAAAUAUCCUGUCCUGUGUGCCACGACAUCCUCAGGGAUCCUGUUAUACUGUCAUGCCACCACAAAGUCUGCACAGGCUGUCUACAUGAAUGCUGGAACCAGAAAGAUUCUCGGCAAUGCCCUGUGUGCAAGACGAGGAUCUUAAUGGAUACAGCAAGGUCUGAGGUGCUCUGCAGUUUGCACAGUGAGAAAUUCAAACUCUUCUGCCUGGAGGAUAAAAAGCCAAUCUGUGUGGUAUGUCAGACUUCAAAAAAACACAAAAGCCAUAACUGUAGCCCCAUAGAUGAAGCUGCACAAGAUCAGAAGGAAGAACUCCAGACAGCACUGAAUUCCUUAAAGGAGAAGCUUGGGGUCUUUAGUAAAAUUAGCCAAACCUGUGCUGAACACAUCUUGAGCCAGGCCCAGCACACAGAGGGUCAAAUUAAGGCGCAGUUUGAGAAGCUUCACCAGUUUCUACGAGAGGAAGAGGCAGCCAGGAUAGCUGAACUUAAAGAGGAAGAAGAGCACAAGAAUCGAGAGAUGAAAGAAAAUAUUGAAGAAAUGAGCGGAGAGAUUUCAUCACUUGCAAACACAAUCAGAUUCUUAGAGGAGGAGCUGAAAGCUGAAGACCUCUCAUUUCUGCAGAACUAUGAGUCCACAAAGGAAAGAGCCCAAUGCAAACUGCCAGAUCCAAUGCUGAUCUCAGGAGUGCUGAUAGACGUGGCUAAAUACUUGGGCAACCUGCAAUUUAGAGUCUGGGAGAAGAUGCAUGAGAUUGUGAAAUACACUCCUGUGAUUCUGAACCCCAAUACUUCCCAACCACAUCUCAUCCUGUCUGAUGAUCUGACCAGUGUGAGACACCGUGAUGAAGACAGCAUCAAUGACAGUGACGAAACACGGCAGCUUCCUGACAACCCAGAGAGGUUUGAUACCUUUAGAAUGGUCCUAGGCUCUGAAGGCUUUAAUUCAGGGACACACAACUGGGACAUUGAGGUUGGGGACAAUACUCACUGGUCACUGGGUGUGAUUUCAGAAUCUGUCCAGAGGAAGGAAGAAGUAAAGAAUGGAUACUGGCAAAUCCGAUUCACUGGUGGUAAAUAUGAUACACAUUCUCCAUCAGGGUCAGACACUCUCCUUACUGUGAGACAGAAACCCCUGAGGAUCAGAGUGCAGCUGGACUGGGAUGGAGGUAAGCUGUCAUUCUCUGACCCUGAUAAUAAGACAGUUCUACACACAUUCACACACACUUUCACUGAGAAAGUCUUUCCUUUUUGCCUUAAUGGCUGUAAACUCCACCCUGUGAGGAUUUUACCAGUGAAGGCCUGUGUGACAGUGGAAAAGCCCAAUGAGACCUUCUUACAGGACACACAUGUCAGAGGCUUAACAGUGAACACCCACAAUGAUUAUGAUAUGUUCGAUGAGGACAUUGAUGAAUUUGAGGACAAAUACGAUGAAUGUGCAGACCCCGAAGAUGAAGAUGGUGUAGAUGAAGAAUAUGAAGAAGGUGAACAGUGGAACAACAGUUAA